AUGGAGACACAGACAGCGGCUUGGGAGCGGACGGACGGCGAAGACAAGUGGCGAACACCUAUCGGAUUGCAAGAACUCACAAGCACCAUGCAUAUUUCCAAGUUCCUACUGGCAUUGUGUGCCACGCUACUGUGCCUCACAAGCAGCAGUUCGGCGUGCCGCUGGAUUCAGCAGAGAUACCUGACAGUCAGCCGUGACAGCCUGGACUGGCUCAGCUCUAUGGGAAAGCUGCAAGUCCAUAAACAGCGGAUUCCAGAUGACAUCUACAAGACACAACUGCAGGUGGAGGGCAGAAUUGAGCUCAUGUCUUUGGUGAUCCACCACAUCAUCAUUCUCUUCCAAAAUGCUUCGGAAGCUCAGGCCACAAAACACUUUCUGAGUGACCUCCAUCGGCAGGAGAAGGAGCUGAGCCAGUGUGUAACAGGAAAAACGGACUUGUUACCAACAGGCCUCCGAACAAAAGUGACCCUGCACUUUAAAAAGCUGCAAAGUCUGCUAAAGAGAAAGAAUCACUCAUCCAGACACCGGGGUUGGAAGUUUGUGAGGACCCAAGUGUACAGUCACCUGCAGCGGCUGGAUCUCUACGGAGCUCAAAUCAAAAAAGAACUGGACUCCUAA